UUAAUACUUGGUGCAGCUUUUCCUUUCCUUUACCUUAGUUUUCUGUUUUAAGAUAAAGUCAGAAGAAGAGACUAGUUGUGAAUUUGCUAGGUGAGCACUGCUCAAAUGCAGAAGAGAAGUAAUGCAGAGCAAAUAAAGCACAGACCUGUCUUGAGGAGCAGAUAUAGGAGAAAAAGCAGAAAACCUAAUCCUCUGUGACAAGCUAUGGCAGAUGCCAGAGGAGUCAUGUAGGAGGAAAAAAAACUGGCAGAAGAUUCAGAUAUGAAGAUUGCUAGUUCUCUGAGUAAAGACAUCAGUCUUGCAUUCCUGGGUACAGGAGGACUCUCAGACCAAAGCUUGACAGCAGAAGACUGUUCAGUCUGGCUGGAUGUCACGAUUUGACACUGGAGAAAUGUUUAACAAGGCUCUGGGGCUGGUGGCUGAGUUUAGGCAAAUUCAGGCUGGGAAAAAGGGUCUAAUAUUGCUAAGAAAAAAAUUCAAAGUCUCUUGCUGAAGACAGACCACAAUGGGUCCUGCUGAACAUAUGGUAUUGAAGGAUACACCUUCUUUUUAUUUGAGCUAAGGCAUUAAGUAAACAGAAAGCAAACUGGAGCCAGAGUUGUGCAAAGCUGUAUCCAGACAGGAAGCUUCAGAGGAAGAAAAUGUUGUAGAGGUUUCUCUUAAGUGAUUUUCAUCGCUGGAGACCUUGCUUUACACAAAACUCCAUACCGGGGUCUUCCAUCACAAAACAUCUUCAGAAGAAGCCUUCGGACUUCACUUUCAGAAAGGCAGAUUUCCACUUUAGAGAUCACGUCAUCCUCCUUCCUGUGAAAAUAAUAUGAACCAGAAGGUGUUAGUUUUCCUUCUCCCAAAUUUUAUUUUUGGGAUAUUUCUUUUUGGGUUUUUCUGUAAAAGACAAAAACCCCUAACAGGUGCUUUUCCAGAUCCCACUGAAGAUUGGCUUGCAAUUCAAAAUGAUCGCAAAAGCACACUGGUUUCUGUCUGCCUGAAGAACAAUCUUCUUAAAUUAAGAAGCAAAUUGGAUUCUCAUGUUGCAAACCAGCUCUUUGUGGAGCACAAACAUAAAUUUAUGUACUGUGAGGUGCCCAAGGUAGGCUGCUCCAACUGGAAGAGAACUAUUUUUCUUCUCCAAGCAGACUUGAAUGCAGAAGCUUCGGAAAUUGAACACGACCACAUCCACCAAACCUCACUGAUCAAAAAGCUGGUGACUUACCCGCCUGCCAUACAGAAGGAAUUUCUGAACAAUUACACCAAAGUGAUGUUCACCAGACAUCCUUUAGAAAGGCUGGUUUCAGCUUACAGAGACAAACUUCUGCACUCUGAGCCAUUCUACAGUAUCACUGUCGCUAAUCAGAUUAGGGCAAUGUUCAGGAAAAACAAAAAUUCAUCUGAAAAAGUGAGUUUCCAGGAGUUUGUCAACUUCAUUAUAGCAAAACCGCCAAAUACUCUUGACAUUCACUGGAAACCAAUGUUUCUGCUCUGUGAUCCGUGCAACAUUCACUAUGAUAUUCUGGGUAAGUAUGAAACUCUUGGGUUAGAUUCUGAGCAUGUUCUGAAGGUCAUUGGAGCACCAGAGAGCCUGCACUACCCCAGCUUGAAGAGGUAUGGCUCAGAGAAACGAACUAAUGGUGAUAUUACCUUGGAGUAUCUUAGACAAUUGAAUUCAGAACAAAUUGAGAAGAUCAAAAAAUUGUACCAAAUGGAUUUUUUCUUGUUCAACUAUACUAUGAAAUACGAAGAUUAUUUUUCCCUGAAUGAUUAAUGUAGGUUAAACAAAGAACAGUUUCCUUUGUACAAAAUGGGCUGAACUUGUCCUCACAGGUUCCUGAUAGAUGGAUUGGUGACUGCAGAGAUUUUAUUGGUGUUUGGAGACAUGGUUUAUCAUUCUAAGCACUCUUAUAACAAAUCCCUGCCAUGAUUUGUCGUACUGUACAGUACUUUAUCUAUACAAAAUUACUGUCUUCCUAUUGAUCAUUAAUGGCAUACGUUUGUUUCAUGAAGACUGUUGAUAAAUGAUAGAUUUUGGUGUGUUGGUAAGAGAUAGAGGAAGGAUGGAGAAUGUUGGUUUUCACAAUGAAUAUUUUUAGAACAACAUUUUUUUAAUAGAAAUUAUUUUAAUUUUUUAUUAGCAAAAGACAUACAAAGCAAUAAAUAAUCUGCUUUAGAGUCAAACCACUCUUUGUCUGCAAUAGCCUCAAUCAUGAAUCCUGUAGGAAAGGAGCAAAUAACUUCAGAUGCUUGAAGCUGCACGACACAGAACUUGAUGCCUGAUUAUAUUCCCUUCCAGCAGUGCUCUCACCACAGCCCACCAGCAUCAUCCCUCAAGCAGUAUCAUUGGCAGCAAUCCAGCCAGGGUUUCCCUUAUAUAUCUUCAAAAUCUUCUGAUGAGCAGGUCUGCUGUUCGUGGUGACUUUACAAACUCUUUUUCACCACCUUUGCGAGUGUUAUGAUCUGAUUUAAGAGGGAAGGUCUGAAAAAAGAUAUCUUUUUUUAGAGAAGUAGUUAGAGGUACCUUCUAAACUGUACAACUGGAGUGGUGCAGAUUCUAAAAUCUCAGUGGAAAGGUGACUCUCAUCUAUUCUCCAAAAGCACUUACCACCCAGUCAACUGACUGUCAGCGCAGGUGGGAGUUUGGACUUUCCCCAUUUGUGCCUGCUGGGGGCCACGAGCCCCUGGGACUUACCUGAACAUGGCACUUUGGUGGAGCUGGGUAACCUCAGAUAAUGUGUUUGUUCUACCUGUUGCUUUCUCACCUCACAGGAGAUUGAAGGCAAAUAAAUUGUACAGUUGUGGUGAGGGGAGCAAUGAAGCAUGUGGGAGAAGCAACUCAAACCAUUAUCCACUUCUUAUAUUCCAAGGUUUUAGAUCACUGAGGGGUCUAUAAAUGCUGUUAUAUUAAAUAUGAGACUUGCCUCAUUUUUGUUGAAAAUCUAUUGCCUAGUCACAUUUAAAAUUUGUGACCAUAUUAAUUGUAGCAAGACUUAGAAAAUAAUUGUGAGUAUUAACACUACCUUUAGGGGAUGUCAGUCUCUCAGGAGCUAACUCGAAAGUCUCAAAUGCACUUAGCUCCUGUCAGCUAUAUCUGCAAAUGUACAAAGGCUGGCAGGCUAAUCUUGGAUCAAAGCCAGCUCACGGAUUCUCAUUACAGAGAAAAGGACAGUGACAAAAUAACUUGAUCACACUGCAAUUGCCAUUCUGUACAGCCAUUGCUACCAGCAGCAUGGCCAAGGGAGAGGGAAAAAGAGACUGGGAAAAAUGGAUGCAAUGGGAUUUGAAUCAUGAGGGUUGUGAAGAGAGCUCCCAGGGCAGGGAGUGCGAUGCAGGGGUGGUCUACUCCAGAGGGAAGAUGCAGUGAUAUGUUGGACAUCAGCUGGAGACACUGAUGAGACAGGAGGAUGAUGAUGGACAGGAUUACUGAAGGUGACAGGAGAAGGCAGAAGCUCUUUGCAUCCCUCCAUGAUGGCAGAUGGUACACAAAGCCAGGACUACAGUUCAGUACAUCUGGCAGCUCUUACAUGGCUGACUGUUCCAUAAAUGGGGCAGUUUUGGCACAGGGACAGAUCCAAAGUGAGAAAACCAAGCAAGAACAGCAGAACUUUUUUUUUUUUUUUUUAAGUAGCUUGUGACUUUACGCGGAGUGAUUCAUGGUUCUGGAUCUUACCCUCACCACCACCAUGUUUGGUGUCACCACAGUCCUAAUACUUUCCCAAUACUGGAUUGCUCAUGCCACCCUGGCAACCCUGUAGUUCAUGUGGAUCUUUUUUUACUUUCUAACUGUACUGAGGCAGAGGAAGCUGGAAAUUACUCCCAUCAGAGUUAAGACUAUGCAGAGGGAUGCAGUCUCUCUCUCUCUCUCUCCUGAAUCAGAGCCAACUCCAGCUACAUGCUUCUCCUACUUUCUUUGCCAGAUCAUGCAGAGGAAGAGGGGAAUAAGAUUUGAUUCAUAAAUUGCUUCUACAUGGUAGAUCCCUCCAGAGCUAUAUGCUUCAGCAAAGAUACUUUAAUUUUCUGGCACCAUCAGCCAGCCUAGGAGAACUGAAGAAAUGAUACUGACAGAGUUUGAUAGGUGUCUUUUCUAUCAGCACUCUAGUGUUAACACUCCCCUCCAGUUUCUUGCUGUUAAAUGUGAGUGGCUUUCUAUUCUUAUUUCCUCUUUCACACAGGAUCACAUACUCUUCCUACAGUGGUGACAGAAAAUGGAUGGCUAAUUCAUUCAACACAAGCACUAGUCAGUAACAGAAGGCUAUCUAUUGAUGCAGAAAAAUCUCUGCAACUGUUCACAAUGGACUUUCAGAUUUGACAUUUGCGUUCAGGAAAUUAUGUAGCACAUUGCCUGGAACCACUGGCUGCUGUCAUGCUGUUUAGCUGCUGUAGGUCUCAACAAAAGAACCUGCAGAGGACAUGGGUGUGCAUGUGUGCACAUAUAAGGACAGUUUUAGGAAGCAUACAAGUCACACAAGAACAGUAUAAGCUGUGCAUUACCAACACUAAGAAAAUGAGAAUAACGGGUUGAUAUCGGCUGGAAAAGAGAAAAAAAAAAUCACAUUGCCUUAUUAAGGAUCUUGUAACAUUCUCCUGCAGGCAUCUUUUAAUUCUCAACCCCAUUUACUGCAUUUCCAUUUCUCUGAGCUUGAGAAUACUUCCUAACACCCCUCCAAGAGCUGCUGUGCAGUAGCACAGGAGUACAUAAGAAGUCUGCAAUAUGUUUCAGAGUUAAUGAAAACAAUGGCGACUUGCUAUGUGUUGUAAAAAGCUUUUGCAGUUUGCAAAGAUGGGCAUGGAAGUUUGGGCUGAGGUCAAAAAACUAGUCUGCAGAACAAAAGUGCAAGGUCUUUUGUAUUUGCAUUGAAUUGGCUGUAUCUUUUAGCUAUAGCUGUCAAGAGACAAUGUUUGUGGAAAGCUCUGCUCUAUAAUAUUUCCUGAUGUGUAAGCGACUGCCCGUUACCCAGAGAAGAGUGGGGACUGUGCCACCUUGCUUACUGCCCAGGACAACCCCAAGGCUCAUUCCACUGGACAAUAUUGCAAGUUUGCUGAUGAAAGGGCUUACUCUUAUUUCAUUCUUGAUACUGUAAUAUAAUAAAAAGUUGAUGGAGGUUCUGGACCUUUUCCUAGUCAGCCCACAAGAACUGUAAGGCACCUGUAAACUUUAUGAUGAAAAGAAGAAGAUGACUGUCUCUUCAUGGCCUGGGAGAGAGAUUUCCUGUACUGUCUUCCCUACAAGUGUACUGUCCAGAACAAAGGCUCUCAGCUGAGCCAGCCUCCCUCCUGCCUUGCUUGGAGAAGAAACCCCAGCAGAGCUUCUUUCCUUUGGGUGCUGACUCUGGGUGAUGUUUUCCUGGGAGGAAAGUGGGCACUUGCAGUUGGGAGCAGGGGUGGAGGCAGCAUGGCGGGGCUCGGGGCUUGGGCCCUGGGGUGGAUUUAAAGGGGUAGGAGGUGCCAUAAUUCAUCUUCUGAUUUAUGGUUAUACGCCUGUGAUAUGACCAUUGCUAUGUUUCAUUUCUAAUUAGUAUAAUAAACUAUAGUGAGUUAACACAUUAAUCUAUUUGUUCAUGCUUCUCAAUAACAUCUGUUUUAAAAAAAAAGACUCGGAGCUGUUCCAUCAAAUCAUGACACAGGCUACAUGCUAUUAGACAACAACAAAUACAAAGCCAUUCGGCUCUGCUUUGGUACAUUAAUAUAAAGCUGUCUCACAGGACUUUUAAAGAAUUGCAAGAAUUAACAAAUACUAAUGAGUGUUCCAGUUUGGAGAAAAGAUGGAACUAAGCGGGGAAAGGAAGAGAAACAAAAAAUCUUGCAAAGUCAAGCUUGCAGCUUUUCUACAACUCUUUUUAUCAACAGUGAGGAAUAAGAGAGAAUUUUCUCAUUCUCAUGGAUAUCCACACACACAUCCUUUCGAGAUAGGUUCCCACAAACCUGACAUCAUACUUUCUUCAUGAAAGUGUAACUGAUCGGAUAGUUGAUCAGUGUAUGUCUGUGAUGGAGACCAGUUGUUCCUUGAAACAGACGUUUCCUCCACUUCUAAGUGAUGAUUCCGCCCGUAAGCAGUCCUAAAUUUUCACACAGUUUUUGAAUGUGAGUCUUAACAGGUAAACUGUGAUUAGUGGUUUCUUGUUCAGAGAACUUCCCAAAGCAGGACAGAAUAAAAGGCAUGAGAAAUGAAACUUCAAGUGCUUGCUGCUCCACAGGUGUCCUCUCACCAAGGGGAAGAUGAGGAAACACCACCUGUGCAAGUCAUUGCUCAUUGAGCAAACCGCAGCUCGCAGCUAGAAGGUGAUUCUAUUUCUGCAUUCAGACUGUUAAUAUGUCAAAGGCCUUUAGCUCUACAAUCUCCAGUUUUCUUGGCUUGUCUGUCAUAGAGGUAGAACAAGAAAAGAAAAAGGAAAGAGGAAAAUAAAAAAGACACUAAUGCUCUGAUUGUGGUGUAGGCCUGGCAUGAUUUUUCCCUGUCACAGCACUUUUUACCUCCCAUCCUUCCAGAACUAUAUGCUAGGUCAUGCUUUAUUAUAAAACAAAAAGUUAUUAAAUUAUAUAACUUACAUAAAUCAAUGUAAACCAAAUAUAACCAAAACAGGAAGAGUAUUUGCCUGAUAGAAGUGUCUGAAGUUUCAGGAAGUCCUCUUGGAAGUUUUGACCGCGUAUCGAAUGUAUACAGGUGUGCAGCCACAAUGCUGCUUCUAGUAAGAACUGUUUGUAAAGAAAAAGCUCAAGUGAUCAUAAAUCUCAAUCAGUAUAUUGAGACUAAAAUUCCAAUGAGUCAGCAGAUCAAAAAUGAGUGAUACAUCACAGGAUCAGGUCUGUGAAAGGGAACCAGCUCAGCACCGGGCCAGCACUACCCAUGUACACAUCUCCUUUGCUCACAACUACUAGAACACUUUCUACCUCCCGGAUCCUUCUUGUAGCUUCUUUUGGACAUGUACCAAAUCUUAGCAAGAUGAAAGGGCUUUCUCAAAAAGUCCCAUCAUCCCACUCUGUAGAUACACUGUCAACGAGAUGAUGCAUCACUCGCGGUGUCCCACCAAAGGAACGGCCGUUCAGCCAUUACGGGAGCUCAGGGCAGAACUUAGCACGAGUACCCAAGGCCAGGUUCCUUCUUCAGUAUUCACCUGAGCUGCGUGUAUGGACUCCUGCCAAGUUCCCACAGUUAAGGGCCACCAAGCAGGUGCUGCAGAUGCUGACUUAGUCACAGGCUGUUGCCAGGUGCCUGUUGCUGGAUGUAUUGCAACUAUUGUAAGAAGGCUUUUCGUGUGAGAAAGUUGUUCAAGCACCUGCUCCAUGAGCGAGAUAUUUACUACAAGGUGAGAUGUGAAUGUAAAGUGAAGGACAUUUUGACUGCGUUUUCCCCCCUAAAAAUAAACUCAUCUUCCAUUCAGAUAGGUUUAGUGGGUAAGGGAGAAAGCUAAUUUUGGGAUCAUCAACAUCAAGUCUCAGAGGCCCCUGUUAAUUAUAAACCAAUAGAGACAGGAAACCAUCUCUCAUGAGGGGUCAACAUUCUCUGCAGGGUUAAAAUCUGUAUACCCCCAGAGGUUUGUUAAGACUUGCUCCCAGCUGUGCCUACAUGGUAAAGGAUCCCCUUGAGCCUUCUAGCUUUUGAUAAGCACGAAAAAGGGGAGCAAUGAAGCUGGGAGAGAAUCCACCUGAUAUCUGAACAUUAAACAAUUGAUUCUGGGUCCAUCCUGUUCCAGAAAGACAGCACAGGUAAGGAACAAAACCAGGGGAAAAAUCAAUCAAAAUAAUAUAAAUAAAGUACUAUCCUGAAGAUUUUUGGUAUUUAGUGACUGAAUAGUACAUUUUUUGGUCCUUGUUUUUUAGGUUCCUAUCGGGAAGGCUGAGAUGAUGGGUUUGUUUUUUGGGGGGUCUUACUGCACAGCAACGAUUGUUACAGGUGCAGCCCUUUAGGUUUUGUAAUUUUAAACAAAGGGUCACAGUGAUGCUUUUAUUUGUAGUAACAUUCUUUGCUGCUGUGUAGAGCCAAACACCCACUUAGCUGUGUACUGUGUCAGAAUUUGGAUUUGUUCCCUGAGUUCCUGUUGCUGUGGUUUAUGCGCCGCGGGACUCUCAAGAGUACCCCGUCUCACUGCUGGCAGCUGGCCGUGCACUACGUGGUAGGCAUUUCUUACAGCCCCUGCCAAGGCUUUUCAUUCUACUCAGGUUUUGGGGUUUUGUUUGUAUCUGAAAGAGGUUUGGCCUCUACAUUCUGCAAACUGCAGGUUUAGGACUUGAUGAGAAUAUUUGGUCUCUCUAAAAUCAUAAUAAUAUACUUCAAAAGUAGCUCUGAAAUAGCUGUUUUAACCCCUUAUUUAAUAUGUAACUGUUCUAUAAAUUCUUUAUAUAAAUUUAAGCCUUGUAGCCUUAGUAAAGACCAUGUAUGUCAAUUCCUGUUUGCAUUGCUUUAUUUGUUGCCUAAUUUGUAUUCAGUAAACUUUGGAUUUUGUGAGUUUAGCAUGUUUUUCUGUCUUUCAGAUCAGCACACUGUAGGCAAAGGUGUAAUCAGGUCUACCUAAAAGGGUCCAUAACUGGGACACACACAACACCCUGCAGGAAAAAUUAACAAUUUAAAUUUAUCAUUGAAGGAGAAGGUGUCUGUGUUGAUUAUAAUGUUCUUGUGGUGUUUGAAAGGUAAAAUAUAUAAACAAGUCAGUAUAUCAAUGAAUACUUCCUGCUCUCUCCCUCAGGAUAAGGCAUAGCCGACACGUGCAUCUCUAUCUGAAGGCAAGGAAGGGAUGAACAGUUCAGUUAUUGGUAAUAUUUUACAGGGUUGUACUGUAGCACUUCAUGUUCCUAUCUGACUGUGGAGACUUCCACAGGAUGUUCCUCCAGGGUGGGAGACACAGGAACUCUGAAGAACAUGCCAACACUUUUUGAUACGGUUAUGCCUUAGCAAACUGCUUUGGAUGCUUACACACCACCACAUCAACCUGUCAGAGGAGUGAACACGGCUUACGCUACAGCUAUGUAUGUGGAGUGCUUUCCACAUUUGAAUUAAGGCUAAAGAGGACACUGGAUCAAAAUUUUCCGCUUCCAGGAUUAAUGCUCUAGUCUGAGAAGAAAAGUAGGACUGCUGUGGCUGUUGAGUUUGGGGAAAAUCACAGCCCUUUAUCUGUGGGACAGGUGUCCCCUGUGCACACUGACCAGCACAAAUGCCUCAAGGGCUGUGAGCUCAGGAUUGUCCAGCCUGGGGGUUUCAGGUGGUCACGGGCAGGAGAGAAUAACAGACCUUGGAAAAUACCUGAGCAGUAAUUCAAGCAUCUAUGAGAAUGUAUUCAUGAAAUGCUUUGCUCCAACAAUAUAGAUAAGAGAUUAGAAAAACACAGUGCCUUGCACCUGGAAGAGAACUGGGAAGUUUCAGCUGAAUCCUCUUACUGGAGUAUGCAAGAAUCCUUGGGACAGCAGUAAGGGACAGAAAUUGUUUGGAACAAGAAGCCUGGGGACUGCAGCCCAACACUUCCGCACCUUGAAGUGAUAAACUUCACUAAAUAAACUUCACUAAAUAAACUUUGCAAUAAACAGUGGUUCAUUAAGGACUUCUUGUCUCUUGAAUUUUGCUCUAUAAUUAAGCUUACAUUCAUUUGACCUACCCCUGUCCAAAGGCCUGCAAUGCCAGAUGCACUGCACUUCCCCUUUUCUACAGCAGUUUUUGGUGGAAUUCCUGCAGGUGUUGAAAUCAGCAUUUAGUGUUUUUUUGUUGUUUGUUUUUUUUUUUUUUUUUUUUUCCACUGAUAUGUGUAAUUGUUAAUUCCCCUGCAAAGAAAUCUAGACAUUUUAGAAAAUGGACCUGAAAGUGUCCUUAAGAGACUGUCUGUCCCACGAUUUGCUACCUCUCAUUUGCUGGCUCCUGGCACCAGAAUCCUAGCUCCCUGCUAAAAUUCCUGACUUUUACUCAGGGCCUUGCCCAAUGCCAGCUGCUGCCUGCAACUGGCAACAAAGCUCUUCACCAGACAGCUUUGCAAGCCAUUUUUUUCAGGCUUUGCACACUGGUUAUGUUUUGCAGAACUUGUGUUUGUCUUUGACACUCUCCUUUGAAUCCUCUCCAGUUCCAGGUGGUCUCCACCUCUCCUGAAGCAUGAUGCCCAAAGCUGGGUGCAAUCCUGUGACGUUACAAGUGCCGCAUAGAUUGAAAGGAUGAAGUCAGGUAUGUCACAUAUUACAUUCCUAUCUGUACUGGUAAAUUCAAUGUCACCCUUGUACUAGUGUGUCACCUCUUGUGUUUUUAAGACUGAACCGUGAUACUGCAUCCAAACAUCCCAGGACUCAAGACCUGGAUUCUAAGCCAUGCUUUUGAACCUGGAGCUGUUCAAACUCCAGCCUCCUAUGGACAGACUUUUGGAUGGUUUUGGUUUUCGGUUGUUUUGGUUUUUUUUUUUUUUUUUCCUUUUUCUUUUGGCAGCUAGCACCCUUGGAAAUUAGGCAGAUUUAAACGCCAUAUGCCUCUGAAGUGAGUAAUGGAUUAUUCAUUCAAGUUCCUGUGGGGCCAUCUGCCGGUGCAGUGCCGGCCAGGCAAGAGAGGAUUGCUCUGGGAGAGGUGCUUGAUGGUGGGUGUGUUUCAACUCUGGUUUUUUGACCUAAAGUCUUGUAUCUCAAGACUUUUGUGCCUGUUCUUUCUCUCCCUCUGCUCUUUUCCUCCUCUCCUUCUGAUUAUUCUCCUUUUUCCCUGGAAUAAGAAUUCAGUUUCAACUUGGCCACUUAUGGCUUUCUUGUCCCAGUAAUUUGUUCAUCAGUUUGCCACAAACCUUCCCCCCUAACUUGCUAAGAUGUGAGGACUGUCCAGCUUCUGACACUUGAAAUUACCUCGUGCUGCUCCAGCAAGAACUUCGUGUUUCCAUGUUACGCUUAGCUUCUUCCAUGGUGAAAGACUACUAUUUAUUUUUUUUUCUUUUUGGCCUUCAACUGGGCAGGAAAAUAUGGCAUUAUGGAUUUGAUUUAUCAGCAAUCUCGUUAAGCUCCAACUGAACUUUAUGAUUCAGUGUUAUAGAAAAAUGAAUUAUGAAGACAGUUAAUUUUCUGUUGCCUACAUUUGAAGAGGCAUUUUGUGUGCUUUGAUUCAUCUCUGUUAUUGUUUCAGGGAGACAUUUAUCCAUUUGAAUAUCUCUUUGAAUAUCCCUUUAUGAGUUUGAUCUUCAGGUGACAGUCUGAAACACAGGGUGUGGUACGUGGUUAUGUAUGAACAUCUAACCUGCCAUUAGGCAUUUUCUGUGUAAAGUGCAGCUCAAUAUCUCUGUUAUUAAUCUCAGCUAAAAUUCUGCUGAUGUAUUUAUGUGAUGAAAUCUGCAGAUAACAUUGUUUUCCAGGAAUCCAUAUGCAUGUGUACCAAAGGGAAAAGGUUUUAAUGAAAAUGAUCAAAAACUGCCUGUGGGGGAAAAGCAGUUCCUAGAAUGAAAAUGAAAUCCAGCAAACAAACACCUAGACACUUCAUAUCAGUCUCCCUGUAUCACCUCAGCCCAGUGUUUCCAUUUCUGAAGGUGCUUAUGUCUUCAUCAGGCAAUUUCUCAAAGUCUUUGACAAGUAAUUUGAUAGCAUUAUGAGUGAAAUAGGGUUUAUUAUUCCUCCAACUGAUACACAGAAAAAAACCACAAAAACAUUAGGUUCUAGUUAAUAAAUAUAAUAACUAAUUAAUAGUCAUCCUUACCAACCUUAAAAAACAAAACAAAACAAGCCCAAGCUAAAAUCAAAGAUUUUUCAAGUUGAUAACAACCCCAGUAGGGAAGCAAAGGUCUUGGUCUUCUUGCAAUUGCAAGGAGGGUGUGGGGUUUUUCUGCUUCCUGUCUGGUCAUCAUGCAGCCUUGCAAAAUUGUACUUCCCUAAGGCAAUAGUGUAUUGGAUGCAUGAGUAAAAUACCUUUGACAUUUUUCUUUGUUUUGCUGUAUUUUUCCCAUGUUGUUAAAGACUGUGUUAAUAAAUUUUUAUGCCAGUAAAAGCAUGAAGUAUUUUUCCCCUAGCACUUUUUCAGGGCUAUUUUGUUUAUCACUGUUUAUUAGGACAAAUUGUGCAUCUGGUCCCAUCGAAAAGAGGAAAGAGUGGAAAGCACCAUGAGUUCAAGAGGUUGGAGGAACGCUUGAUUGCUGAGCCACCUAUGCUGUCCGAGGAAUCAGAAGAAUGUGCUGAAAGAUUGACCACCCCUGGCUUAUAAUAUAUUAAUGUAGCUGCCUAUGAGGAAAAAUGGAUGCUUUAAUCCUGUCUUUAGUGUCUUUUUCCAGCAGUCUGCUGUCUUGGAAAGUGAAACAGAGAUGGAAGCCCAAGCUAAUGAUCCGCAAUCUCAGUUUAGUUACUAAAGAGAACUCUUUGUGCUCUUAGAAAUGGUGGAAACACCCAAGACAAGUGCCAGAUAUGAGCUCAGCACACGGACAUGGCAGCAUUAACUCUUUCAGCAGGGUCCUGGGUAGUUUGUUCAUGUACGGAAUUGAAGAAACCCAUCAGAACAGUGGUGCAGGAAAUCUCAGAAUUUCUCCACUAGGCUGAAGGAGAAGACAGAGCAAUAUAUAUUCUGUUUUGGGAAUAAUAAAAAAAAUAAUAAUAAAAAGACAGAUCUGUGGCCCUAGAGAAGCUAGACCUUCUCGUGGUCCCCAUUAUUGAUUUACUUCAGCAGAAAUUGAGAGUUAAUAUUUCUUUAAUGCAAAAACCAGAGAUUAUUUUCCAUUCAGCGUACUACCUGCUUUACUUUCAAGAUAAUAUGAAAAAAAGGUAAUUGAAUUAAAACUUCAUGCACAUUACCACAGAAGCAGCUUGGGAAAACCAGACCCUAAGCAUACCUUUUACAUGUUCUUUUAUUGACUUUUUAUACUGGCUUACUCUUGCAACAUUUGCUGCAAUAGCCUGUCCAUCGUGACUGGUUAUGCAGCAUCGAUGGUUAUGUCACGCUUGUGUCAGCAGCAUCAUUAUGGCUCCAGUGCUACCACUGCUUGGCUGGUUAAGAAUCUCAUCGGACCCUUUCCAGAGGCAUCCCUAGCAGCAGUAGUUCUGGGGGCUUCUGGAUGGCGGCAGACUACGAGUUCUCUGAGGACAGAACCACUGAUGUCACCUGGGCACGAAGCUUCGCCUCGGUUUUAAAACCCGCUUUGGUACCAGCAGCCUUACAAAGCCCGGCACUAGCGGAGCGAGGCACCCACAGCUUGCGUGGAAGGCCGGUGGCUGGAGCCCACGGGUGGCAGGAGCCCACGGGUGGCGGGGGCCGUGGGGGGGGGGGAGCUGUCCGUGGUACUGGAGCACAGGCCGUCCCACGGCGGCGCUGACGUCAGCAGGGCGGUUGGUAAACGUCCUUCUCGCGUCACAGUCCGAUUGUGCUGUUCUGGGUGAAUUUCAGCCAUCGCUCCUCUGCCUGGCAGGUGUAGGGUGGACCCGAGGAAGCCGUUACUGCGGCGUGCUCCUUUGCAAGGCUCGCUGCUGAAGGCACGCGCCAGAGGGGUAGUGAAACCCCUCUGAAGACAGGGACAGUCAGCAAGCACUUCUAUUAGUGAUAAACUUGUUCCUGUGACUUCAAGUAAAGCAAGCAUGUGCAAGUACUUCUCAAAGGCAAGUAAACUAAAAGCACGCAAAUAUUUAAUUUUAUGAAACAACAACUAAAGCCCCAAACGUUUCCUGAACAUUCUUGAAAAUUAUUUUAAUUUUUAUUCUGUCUUGUAUUUCUAUUGUUAUUCUAUAUUUCAGAUGAUUCCAGAGGACAAAUAACCAAGUCUUGUGACUAAAAAUCCCUGUCAAGUUCUUCAUCAUACUGUGAUUUGGUCUACAGAACUGGGAAAAUGUGUGCCAACAGGCAUGCUGGGCAUAGGCAGGAAAAAGAGAGCAUUGUUAUAGACAGAUUGGUCAUGCCAAACAGCACCUAUAUAUCCUAAAAAAACCUCUAAAAAACAUCCUGAGUAAUUUUUCACAAGUACAGUCUAGACCUUUACAUUAAACCCAAGCUGCUUGCUCAUUGCUUAGUAACUACUCCUGCUUACCUUUUCCUUAAAAUACACUCAUAUGGCACCAUUAAUAUCACUACAGUGUCUAUGACUUUUCAGGAUGUAUUUGUUUUUUAGUGCAGCACUGGCAAAUGAACCAGCAAAGCAAACUCUGUGGACAAAUAAAUAUUUAACAUACUAAACCUCCUCCCCACCCCCCAGCUAUUCAACUGUUCAGUGAGAAGUUUUAAGAGUUUUCCAGAAAUCUCCUUCUUGAAAAGGGAAAUAAAAGCCUGUGACUGUUGGGAUAUAAA